AUGUUAAGUAGGAUAAGGAUAACAAAAUCCUUGUUAAGUACUAGAUUAAUUACUUUUCAAAGAUCUUUUUCAGUUAAUGUCGAUGAAGUGUUAUUAAAAGAAAAUGAAAUUAAAGGUAUACCUUUUAUCAAAAAAAUAACAACAGAAUUAGAAAAACAAAAAGAUAUCAAAUAUAUUUUACCUUUUCAUGAUGAUGAGUUGAUGAAAAAAAUUACAACUUCAUUUGAUUAUUUUACAAAUGUUGGUAUUCAACCAGAAUUUCUUUUAGAUGCAUGUUUAAAUGAUCCAUUAUUUAUGAAAGCAAUGGUUAAGCAAGGUGAUAAGAUAAUAAAAAUUAUUAAUUUGUUAGUUGAGACAACAAAUAUGACCUUUGAAAAUGCCAUUCGUCUUUUUACUAUAUAUAAAGAUGAUUUGCUAGCAACAUCCAUUGAAAAUAUUCAAUCACACAUUCAAGUUUUUACAAGUGGUGGUAUUAGUGAACCUAGUGAUCUUUGUAAUAUUAUUUGUAAAUGCCCUGUUCUUCUUUUUUCUGGUGAUUCAAAAGAAAUGCUUAAACUUGUUGGAUCAUUGUCAAAUUUUUUUACAAAAAAUCAAAUUAAAUGUAUUCUUCGAAAUUCACCUCAAUGUGUUUUAAUGAAUUUUGAGCAAAUUGAAGAAAAAUAUGAAUAUAUAUAUUUUUUAAUGGGAAUAGAAGGUGAUGAAUUUAAAAUGUGUAAGAAAUGGAUAGAUAUGCCACUUGAUGAAAUUAUUAAAAGGCAUGAGUUUUUAUUAAAAUGUGGACGUUACGUAACUCCUGAUCCUAAAAGAUUACAGCUGCAAAAAGAAAAUCCUCCAUUAUACAGAAUUAUAGAUACUGAUUCAGUUAUUUUUGCUACUCAAGUUGCAUCUGUUACAUAUGAAGAAUGGGUUAUUUAUGAGGGUCUUCAUGAAAAAUUAAAAGAAAUGGAACAAAAAGAAAGACCAUUUGAAAGAGUUAAACCUUCAGUUAGGAAAGCUUAUGAAAGAAAAGUUAAAAAACCUGAACCUAAUGAAGAUUUUAUUCUUGAAUCUCAAUAA